AUGGAGAUGGAACACGAUUAUGUGCAGAAAAAGUCUAAUGUAGCUAAGCAACAGCUUCUGUUGCUGACUGACCGCCCGCACAACAAGUGUCCCCGUGUGAGCCCAACCCGCCACUUUCCAUUCCGUGGGGUGUCGCAAGUCACUGUGAAAAGGUUCCUGGAGAACGAGGAUGCGAUGCAGCGGGUGCUCAUGGAGUUCAACAGUGUGACUGAGGUUGAGUCGUUGAGGAAGUGCAACCGCACCCUGCGAACGCUGGUUGACGAGCACCCGAAGCUGUGGAAGCACGUGACCUUCUCUCCUCCGGGGCUCGCGAGAUUAUCUCGACACGGGGAAAUGCUGCAGGCAGAGAAGAUCUUGAGGAAAGGUGCCAAGGAAGGGAACACUGAGGCGCAGAUCAUGCUGGCAUUAAUGUAUCAUCAUGGAUACACUUGCCCUUGCCAUCCGCUCGCCCUGCCGGGCGCACAUUGA